ACCGAGUACUCUACGUCUCUACCAAUCAUAUACAUAUGUAAUGUAGUAACGUGUUUGUAUUCUUGUGGUUGCUGAUUGAUUUUUUUAUUUCCACAAAUUUAAAAUAUGUAGUAGAUUAAUAUGUAUAUGUAUUACAUAGUUUGAAAGGAAUUUUUGAAACCAAAUUAAAUUGAUUAAUUGAUAAAAAAUUUAAAACAAUUCUUUCAAACUGGAGGCUCUCAAGAUGUCGGCCUUAAGGCCGAGAACAAAUAUCUUAGAUAAACCACUUAGCCGAGGUAAAAACGAAGUUUCGCAGGGUAUAUUUGCUUUGUUGUUCAGUGAAAUAGUUCAAUAUUGUCAAAGUAGAAGUUACACAGUUCCAGAUCUGCAAACAAAGCUGCAUGACAUGGGACAAGAUGUAGGUGCGCGAAUUAUUGAUUUGUAUUUUGUUCGGGAAAGAAAUUCUAAAAGAGAAACAAAACUAACACAAAUGCUAUUGUUCAUUAAAACAACUUUAUGGAAAAAUUUGUUUGGAAAAGAAGCUGAAAAACUUGAACAUGCCAAUGAUGAUGAGAGAACAUACUACAUUAUUGAAAAAGAGUCUAUAGUAAACACGUUUAUAAGUGUACCGAAAGAUAAGGGGUCACUUAAUUGCGCUAGCUUUGUUGCUGGAAUAGUUGAAGCUGUACUGACACAUUGCGGAUUUCCAUGCAAAGUUUCGGCACACUGGCAUAAAGGCACAACUUAUAUGGUUAAAUUUGAAGACUAUGUAAUUACGAGAGAUAAACAAUUGGAAGAUAAAUAAAAGCAGUGUCAUUUAAAUUUAUCUUUAUGACAUGAAAAUCUGUUACUAUAAAUUUUAUGAAAUAGAACAUAUAACUUAAUAAACCGACGAAAGCAUGUUUAUUUUAAAGCUA